AUGAGCAUGAUCCAACAGGUGAAUCUCACGAGCACUGGCAUCUCCCACCAGGCUGGCAAUCACAGCCCUCCAUUGUGGAUCAGGCCUCGGCCGUGCCCACGGCGAUCUGACAUACCUAUGACAGGAAGCUGGCCCUUUAGCCCGAUGCUGACAGAUGAGGGCUGGAUGCUGACUGCACAGUCCCUGCCCUUGGUGCCACGUGGGAUGGGUAUGGAGACCAGCACCUCUGCCAGGGUCUGCGUCCAGCUGUAUGUCUCCAUAUCAGCACCAUUGCCGGAGUUUGGCUCUGCAGGGCAUGGGAGCACUGGGGGGUGUGCCGGAGAGCUGAGGGGUGUCGGCAGGUUGCCACAGGGAGGAAAUGCACAAUCCCCGACCCAAUCGGUACUCACUCAGGCCCUGGGAUGUCUCCGCCGCAGCUGGGCCUUCUGGUGA